ACCUCCCUCAAUAUCCUCUCUCCCAACACCCGCGUCUUCUCCAACCCCAACCCAACCCAACCUCCCUUCCCCUCCCCUCACACACUUUCUCUCUCUACAUUUCCCAAUCAAAUCACAGCAGAGCAAACCUUCAUAUCUCCCCCCUUUCUCUCUUUCCCUGCCAAUGCCGCACUUCCUCUAACCUGUACGCCUUUCUCCUUCCUACCCCUCUCUCUCUCCUCAAAAUCUCAAAUCUUACUUCUGCCAAUGCUACUUACUUCUCUCUCUUCGAUCUGGUUAUAAAAGGGAGAGCUGACAGAUGUUGAAACUUAGACUAAAAUGAGCCAGACUGAAGUAUCUACAGUGACACCCCCUCUUGUUCCGCUUGGGACACUGAUCGGUCGUGAACUUAGGUCUGAGAAUGUUGAGAAACCGAUAAUUAGGUAUGGACAAGCUGCGUUAGCCAAGAAAGGGGAAGAUUAUUUUCUAAUAAACCCUGACUGCCACAGAACUCCUGGGAAUCCUUCUACGUCUUUUUCAGUAUUUGCGAUAUUUGAUGGUCACAAUGGAAUAUCAGCUGCUGUAUUCGCCAAGGAGCACUUGUUGAACAAUAUUCUAAGUGCAGUCCCCGAGAGCUCUAGUAGGGAAGAGUGGCUUCUGGCACUUCCUCGGGCCCUGGUUGCUGGGUUUGUAAAAACAGAUAUUGAGUUCCAGCAAAAAGGUGAAAGUUCAGGGACGACAGUUACUCUUGUUGUGAUAGAUGGGUGGACUGUGACUGCUGCAUGUGUUGGGGAUUCUAGAUGUGUACUGGACACACAAGGCGGUGUUGUUUCUGAUUUGACUGUGGAUCAUCGCUUGGAGGAAAACGAAGAAGAGAGGGCACGUGUGACAGCUAGUGGGGGUGAAGUUGGAAGACUCAAUGUUUUUGGGGGAAAUGAGGUUGGUCCACUCCGCUGUUGGCCAGGAGGAUUAUGCCUUUCUAGGUCUAUUGGUGAUACAGAUGUGGGAGAAUUUAUUGUCCCUGUACCGCAUGUUAAACAAGUGAAACUCUCUGAUGCUGGAGGAAGACUUAUUAUUGCUUCUGAUGGUAUCUGGGAUGCAUUAUCGUCUGAGGCUGCUGCAAAAGCUUGUCGAGGCCUUCCAGCUGAUCUUGCCGCAAAGCUUGUUGUUAAGGAAGCUUUAAGGUCAAGGGGUCUUAAGGAUGAUACAACCUGCGUUGUUGUUGACAUUAUUCCCUCUGUACACCCUGUCCUGCCUCCAAUGACACAAAAGAAGCACCAUGGAUUGAGUGGACUGUUGUUCGGAAAGAAAUCUCAUAAUUUAGCAAGCAAAUCAUCGAAGCUUUCUGCUGUAGGAGCUGUGGAGGAGUUGUUUGAAGAAGGUUCUGCUAUGCUCGCAGAAAGGCUUGGGAAGGAUUUUCCCAUGAACCCUGAUUCUGGCCUGUUCAGAUGUGCAAUCUGUCAGGUGGAUCAUCCAGCAAAUGAAGGUCUAUCUCUUAACUCCGGGACAUUCUUUUCCCCUUCGUCAAAGCCCUGGGAGGGGCCCUUUCUUUGUGCCAACUGCCGAAGAAAGAAAGAUGCAAUGGAAGGAAAGAGGCCAAUCAAGCCCACAUUUUCGAUCUAACAAUUUAUCUGGUGAUAUAAUCAAUUGUCUAUAUAUUCAUUUUUUCUUUCUGGGAAACGUGAGCAUAUUUUUCAUCUCCCGUGUGUUGUAGUAUUGUAGAUGUGUCUAAGAAGUGAGAUAGAGAAUGGAAGAAAGCUCGGUAGUUGAUUUUUCCCCAGAGGUUUUUUUUAACAGCUCGUGUCGGUUAUAAAUUUAUGCUCGGCUAUUGGACUUACUGACAAAGAGACUCGGACUGUUAUGUGAUCUAGUAUGCUUUUAGAUCGGUUGCUAACAGGUUUUUAUAUGUAAUUAAAUUGGUAAACGAUAGCGAUUUGUUUAAUGGUAACUUGUUUUGUCUUUA